AUGGAAUUGAAUAACCAUUACACGGAGACUAGUGGUACUGGUUCUGGUAGUAUUUUACCAGAUCAGAUAAACCAGUCAAAUGUGAGAUUACGGAGGGUUGCUCGUGAUAUUGGAUACUCUGUAUCCAUCCCAGCCUGGAAAACCUGCUCCCCCACCAUCUGGACCAAAGUCCAGUCACUAGCAGGAGCCAUCGUUGCAUUUAAUAUUCUCACACUCGACUCUCUUCAGUUCGCCAGUCCUGGCUACGAAGCUGUCAUCGGUGACGGCUAUGAGGACUACAAAACUCUUCUGGCUAAGCAGACGCAAUUAUCAGGCCUUUCACGCAUCCAGUCAGGCGCGCAACUAGACACGCGAGUAAAUGACUACCUGAAAACUCUAGGUCGAGAGCAGACUAUGCAAAUUGUUUUAGAUACGAGAACUAGUGGGUAUUAUGCGUUGUUGUUUAACAUCAUGAUGAGAGAUUAUAAGAUCGCGAAGAAGGAUUCAGAGAGGGCGCAGAAGAAUCCGAGUCAUGUUCCGGCCAUUAACUAUGUCGAUCGUGGCAUGAGGCUUGAUGAGUAUGUGGAUAAGGCCAUUACUACUGAGCAGAUGACUCGAUGUUUUCUCAAAAAUGUGAUUUCAAGAUCGAAAGGGAUGUUGAUCAUCAUUAGAGAGGUUAUUGCGACUGAAAUAUUGGCUCUUGAUCUUGAAACUAUGUCGAUUUUGAAGCAGAAAGUUUCAGCUGUGAAUGAUAAUUUUUCUGAUGCGGUUGCUUUGGUGGAUGGGCCUGGAAAGGGGCACCAGUUGACAAAACAUUUAUUCCAUAAAUAUUGGUGGAAUUCCGGUUUAAGCCCAUCCAAAACUGCCGUCACUACUCCCAAGACCUACAAACCACCACUCAAAACAAUAACCACCCUGAACUUCAUCGCCCCCUCUAUUCUCCUCCUCUCAUGUAUCCCCAUCUCCCUGGCUUGGUUGCAUACUUCCCUCGACAUCGGCAGCUCAGCGGACGCCAACUUCUACCAACUCAUCAGCAACUCCAUGAUCCAACUAUUAAGCUUAGCGACUUUACUCUCGCCAACACUAUUUUAUUCGAAGUUUUCUGGCUACGCUUGGUACUGGACAUGGUUCUUGGCUGUUUUGAGCUUCGUUUGUACGGUGUUGAGUCUGGUGCUUUAUUGUUUUGUGCCGGUGGCCUGGAGUAUGCUUAUUGCGUUUUGCGGGACGGUGGCGCAGGCGUUAAUUUUGUUGCAGAUUGUUCAUGCUAGUUGA